AACUAUGUUCAUCAUGGCCAAGUGGUUCCAGUACAUCAAUUAUGACGUAUGUACCUAUCCUGGAACUCGACAUAAAAUCAUCGUCAGCGACUAUCCACUCCUACCGAAAAUGAGACGUGAUUAUCCUGGAGUGAAGACAUGGAUCACACAAUAAUAGAUAAUACUUCAUCACCCGUUAAUGAUCCAUUCGAUUAACCAAAUCCAGUGAAGCUUAUCACUGAUUCGAAGGACUUUCGAGAUGAUCCAGCGAUGCGAAGGAAUCGACUCGAGGAGUGGUAACAUGUAGAGAUCGAUAUUAAUCCUGCGGCCAUAUUACAACACAUUCCGAUCAAACAACGCUAACUUGGCACGUUCUUAUUAUUCUCAAUAAAUAAAGUCUGUUGAGCAAGUACAUAAGCGUGUUGUAUGUACGUAUAGAUGAGUAAGAAAAAAAUUGUCCUUAAGCCGCCGCAGUGGCAGCUGUCGAUGGCAACAGUCGCGGAUAAGACUCGAGUCCGUGCGCAAGUAUACAUAGACCUAAUAUUGUAUUAAAUGUACUCUUAUAUACACCCAGAGUGCAUAAUAUGUACGUGUUAAUCAUAUUCGUGAGCAAUGACACGAUCGAGGUGACGGACCUCCGCAUCCAUCGUUCAUCGUCACCCAUGUUGGUUGCACGUUGUACAUACGGCGGACCGUAGUUCGCGAUAAGAUAAUGCUUGUAGCUGGAUAUCGAUAAGAUCAGCAAUAUACGGAAGUAUUACCCACAUGUAUACAGUUCGUUCCCGAAGAUUUUUUCUGCCGCUUCUACAGACCUGCAUUCAAUACUUGACCACUGUCCAUCGCGUGUACAGCCACCGUAAAUAAUCUCCAAUAUUACAUCGUAUUUCCUGUAUUUAUAUUUGUUCAUUUUCCCAGAAUUUUUCUCCCCCCUCUCGCCACCCCCUUCCUAUAUCCUGAAAAUCGGAAGAUAAUCUUUCGCUGAAAUCUCCGCGGUCUGGCGCAAGUCGUAGUGUCGAACUCAUCACCGAAGAAGGAUCGAAGAACUGAAGGGAUGGCAAUAGAGUGAGGAAAAUAGAGAAGGGGAGUGCAGAAGAAAUUAGAAAAAUCGGAUAGCAAAGCUUAUUGCCGGAAAAGCACGUGAGAUGUCGUUCGAGACUUGGAAGAUCGUUACAUCGGUGUCGGCGGUCCAGGUGCUGAGUGAGUGCGUGUUCUUCGCCCAAGGAAUCUUUGCCAGCGAAGAAAAAAGUCACGAGGAAACGGAACUGGACUGGAUUCGAAUAUGCGUGCCCCUCUUCUACGCCGUCACACGUCACAUAUCUGAGGCAUGCUGGAGAUGGAUCAUCGGGGGUUACGGGGGUCGGGUAACGACGAUCCUUGGAAUCACAACGGUUGCCGUUUCCGUCAUCGCUGCAUCGUGCCAGGAGAUCCUCGCCGGAAACGUGGCCUAUGUUGUUCUGGGGGGAAUAGGCAUGGGCCUCGUUCGUCUCCAGAUCAAGCUAAUGAAGUUGCAUUCGGGUACAGCAGAAUGGAAGCUUAUGGGCACCGGUGUUUCGGGAAUCGGUCUUUCGCUGUGGCCGCUAAUAGCGUGCCUCUUCAUCCGCAAGCUUGGACCCAAGUACGCGCUAUUGGUUCUGAGCGGAAUAACCCUGCAUGCGGUGCCACUGGCUCUGCUGGUAAAACCAAAGGCAAUAAUUGCUUGCGAGGAGGACGAACCGCAGAAUCCAGACGAGGGUAUCGCGACAGUGUCCAUCACACCCGCGGUUCCCGAAACGCUUCCAAGUCUGGAGCAGUACAGGAUGGCUUAUCAGCUAAUCGAGUACGAUUCGUACGUAGUCCGGCCUCCCUAUUACGUUGAGGUGCUUCCGGGUAUUCCCGAGGAAUCGGAAUACGAGAGUGAUCAUGACCAGGAUGAAGAGAACCAGACAGCGGUGGUUCUGAAUGCUGAAGAAUCGGGCGUCCGGGUGAACGGGGGCGUCCGUCAGGAGGAAAGACACGGACGGGAAUCGCACCUCCAAGAGAAAACGCGAGAUAUUAACUUGAAGGGAAUCGACGUCCUGCCGAAAGGCGUCGAGUUGACACCUUUUACAUACUCGCUUUUUGUCGCCAACGUUCUACUCCGACUGGGAGACCAGUUCGGCGUUGCGGUUGUCGUUUCCAUACUGCCAGUCUUCGCGAGCCAGCUUCUGCCCGGCCUCAGGGUCGAAGAGACAGCCUUUCUCGUGAGCCUCUGUGGCUUCUCCAGGACUUUAACUGAGCUACCGCUCGUGGCUCUGUACCAGAAGUCCGGAAAAUCGCAAUUCGUCUUUCUUGGUGGGCCCUUCUUUGCCUCCGUUGGUCUUUAUUUAACAUGGGUUUCGAGGACUUUGGAUGCCAUGACACUGGCAAGUUUUGGCCUUGGUAUUGGAAGCGGAGCAGCCUCUGCAGCUCUUCAGGUCCUGACGCCAAGAGAAUGUCCAAGAAUAUCUGAUGCUGCUGAUAUCGUUGUCGGUGUCGCUCUCCUAGCCACAAUACCCUUGACACGCAUUUUUAUCCUUGGAAACGCUAUUCAAGCCUGCUUCUUAAUGGCCGCGUGGAUAUACGCCGCUGCAGCCAUUACCUCAGGGUUCAAUUUUCGAAGGAGAACUUGAAGAAUAAAUCAAUUCAUCCUGGGAACUUGUGGAAUCCAGUUUUCAACGCCUCUUUGUCGGUAUCGAGUCGCGAGUGAACGUGAAACGGAUAAAAGAGGAGCGACGAAUACAAAGGAACGAUGAAUUCCACCAUUCUGAGUAUAAUCCAGCAUUACGUCGAUCGUCAUCGAAUGUCAAUGAUUUGAAACUUCUUCGUUAAGGAUGACAUGAAGAAAGGCUCCAUGGUAUAGCAUUCGUAGAAAGAGCUGCUUUCCUACUUAAAGUGAAGGAUUGUCAGAAAUAAAAAAACUAAUAUACGAUGCAUAAUGUGAUUGAAUGACAAACACUGGGAAAAUUUAAAUCAAAUACAGUUUAAAUUGGUUCAGCCUCAGUUAGUUCUAGACGUCCGAAUAAGUUAAAAAAUAAGGAUAAGAAUGAUAUAACUUUGAUUCUACGAUCAAAAGUGACUAUGAAAAGUUUAGGUUACAUUAUUUCUACCCAGCCUCCUCCACAAAGUCCUGAAUACUGCGUCAUGGGAUUUUUUGAAGCAAUUUGAACCGCCGCCUACCAGUUCCGAACACCUCCAACCAUCUCCGACCACCUUCGUCCUCUUCGUCCCACUGCUCCGCCAUGUAUUUACAUUACAUACUGUUCAUAAUUAUUCCAACAACUUUUCAUUUGCUCUCUCGAUCUUGAAUUUUCGUUGGCAUAGAAUCGAAACGCUGUUUUAGCUAGUCGCGAAGUAUCUACAUUGGGUAGAGACGAUGAACUGAUUUGCGAAAAUUGUUCGGAUGGAAAGAAAUUCAGAGUAACUGUAAUACAUCACGGAUGCGCUAAUUUUGAUCGAGAUGAAAUGGAUGCUCCGUAUAUGAGAGAGUAUUUAACGAAGUGUAGUGAUUUAAAGACCUAAUAAGGUGAUAGGGAGAGAAAGAACGGAGCUUCUUGAAACUUUAAGUGUAUAUUAACACACAUUUGAAAGGUACGAGCUAAAUUUUUGAUAAUCCAACUGUCGCAGAACGGCAGCGUUAUUACUUGACCCUUUAACUGAAGAAUAUAUCUUUAUUCAACGGCUGACUAUCGAAGGGGCUAGCCGCUUGAGUCUGGAAUCGGCAGGAAGGAUAAAGUGCGUAUAUCUUGUACGAAAUGUGAAAAGUAAAAUCAUUACACAUCAUAUCAUGUCAUCAGACAU